UCAACCAGCGCCGGAAUUAUAUUUUCCAUACUUCAAAUCCACGGCAAAUCCUCCCUUGUGUUGCGAAUAAAUGCUUUGAAGCGUUGUUUCCAUGAACUGGCUGUCAAGUUUACUACGAGUCCUAUUAAGGCGCGUAACGUGAAGAUGAUAUUUUCAUUUACUCCACUCUCCAUCCUUAUUGUUAUGGUGUGUAUUGAUCCAGUGCUUAACCAGUUGGAACGGAAGCCGGGUCAUCGUGCUGUCAAUGUGAGUUUGCUAGUAGCCGGCAUCGCAACAGGAGGUUACGGAUCUCUGCCAUAUACCGCACCAGCGUUGUCGCUGGCUGUUGAUCAUGUGCACAAAAUAUACAAUGGAUCAAUACGAUUCAAUACUGAAUACGUUCAAGAUCAGAACUGUGGGAACCUUACCAGCAAUGUUGCCGCAGUGUCCGCCGAUAUCUAUUAUCGUCAGCGCAAAGAGCGUGACGCCCUCGUGUCCAUUUUACCAGGAUGUGAAAUCGGUGGCGCUGUGGAAUUAGCACGGCUUUGUACACAAUGGGACGCUUUGUGGAUUUCAAUGGCAGGCGCCAGCCCAAUCACAGGCUCACAACGGUUGCAAUACCCCACGGGAAUAAUCACCAGCUAUUUCCGCAUGUCCGACGCGGGUGAAUUAUUUAUACAAUUAUUGCUCAAGUUCAACUGGACAUCGGUAAAUGUCAUCAUCGACAACAGUUCGCCGGCCUUCUAUGCUGACGUGGGAGCGUUAGUCGUGAUCCAUCUCAAGAAUGAAAGGCGCAUCAGGUUCACUGUCUGGACCCUUUCCGCGCAGUCCACUUCCCCGUUUGCCGACUUUCCAUCGAUUCUCGAGAAGAUCCGUGCAACAAGUAGAGUUGUGCUGUACUUCGGUAAUGGGCCGGCUCUACGAGAAUUUUUGUUCAUCGCUUCAUCCAUGGAGAUGACGAAUGGCGAACAUGUAAGCAAAAUCGAGUGCCUUCAAGGUUUCAACUGGAUUAUGGUGCCACCGCCUUGA